UGGGGCGCAUGCGGUCCGCGGUCAUGCAGCCCGGCUUCCUUCCUCCCGGGCAGCCCGCCCGCCUCUGCGCACCCUGCGUCUCUGCACGGGUCCCUGCCCCACGCCGCGCUGGGAGGCAUGGCGCUGCCUGGCGCCCGGGCGCGCGGCUGGGCGGCGGCAGCAGCGAGAGCAGCCCAGAGGCGCCAGCGCGUGGACGGCGCGAGAGGUUCCCCGCGUCCUGAGCCGGCGAGCGCGCGCGCGGCGCUUUACGUGCACUGGCCGUACUGCGAGAAGCGCUGCAGUUACUGCAACUUCAACAAGUACCUCCCCGGCGGCGUGGAGGAGGUGGCCGUGCGCAGGUGCCUGGAGACCGAGGCGCGGACGCUGCUGCGCUUCAGCGGGGUGCGGCGUGUGGAGUCCGUGUUCUUCGGUGGAGGAACCCCCAGUCUGGCCAGUCCCCACACGGUGGCAGCCGUCCUGGAGGCGGUGGCACAGGCUACCUACCUGCCUGUGGAUUCGGAAGUCACCUUAGAAGCUAAUCCCACUUCGGCCGCCAGCUCCAGGCUGGCAGCCUUCGGGGCAGCGGGGGUCAACAGGUUGUCCAUCGGCCUCCAGUCCCUGGACGACGCUGAGCUCCGGCUGCUGGGGCGGACACACUCAGCCAGUGAUGCUCUGCGGACGCUGGCGGAGGCCCGCCGCCUCUUCCCUGGCCGCGUGUCCGUGGACCUCAUGCUGGGGCUGCCUGCGCAGCAGGUGCGGCCGUGGCUGGGGCAGCUGCGGGAAUUGCUACGGCGCUGUGACGACCAUGUCUCCCUCUACCAGCUGUCCCUGGAGCGGGGUACCGCCCUCUUUGCCCAGGUGCAGCAGGGCGCCCUCCCUGCCCCUGACCCUGAGCUGGCAGCUGAGAUGUACCAGGAGGGUCGGGCCGUGCUCCGGGAUGCGGGCUUCCGCCAGUACGAGGUCUCCAACUUCGCUCGCAAUGGGGCGCUCAGUACCCAUAAUUGGACUUACUGGCAGUGCGGUCAGUACCUUGGCGUUGGGCCUGGGGCCCAUGGACGAUUCGUGCCCCAGGGCGCUGGAGGUCACACCCGGGAGGCCCGAAUCCAGACGCUGGAGCCUGAUGCCUGGAUGAAGGAGGUGAUGCAGUUCGGACACGGCACCCGGAAGCGCACCCCGCUGGGCGAGCUGGAGCUGCUGGAGGAAGUGUUGGCCAUGGGGCUUCGCACGGACGUGGGGAUCACCCACCAGCACUGGCAGCAGUUCGAGCCCCAGCUGACGUUGGGGGCUGUGUUUGGAGCGAGCGAGGAGGUGAAGGAGCUACAGGAGCAGGGCCUGUUGCUGUUGGAUCACAGGGGUCUGCGGUGCUCUUGGGAGGGUCUGGCAGUGCUGGACUCUCUGCUGCUCACCCUCCUGCCUCAACUCCAAGAAGCCUGGCAUCGGAGAGACUCCCGCGUGCCAGAUGUUCCCGCAUCCUAGGCCAGGCCAGGCGGGCCCUCAGGGCUUCUCCGCUACCAGGUGCUGUCUCCGUUCUGGGUACUAAUUGCCUGGCCCUGGCCUCCCUGAGGGCUGUGGUGGACAGCGAGGUGAUUUCUGAGCUGGGAGCUGGCAUCCCGCAUCCCACCAGCAUCUGGGGACCCGCAGGCCAGCGUGUGGUCCGGGGCUGGGAAUCGCCCUUCCCCCACAGCAACUGUGGACCUUUGCAGUACCAACGCGUGAAUGGACUUUGGGAUUCUUUCUGCAGGGAGUUAACAGCCGACCUCACUGCCGGGUCGUGGUGGGGGAGGGGGCUGCUGAGACAGCUGCAGAGUCCAGAAAACUUAAGUCCUGCUGGUUUUUUUUUUUUUUUUUUUUUUUUUUUUUUUUUGACAGGCAAAGUGGAUAGUGAGAGAGAGAGACAGAGAGAAAGGUCUUCCUUUUUGCUGUUGGUUCACCCUCCAAUGGCCGCCACGGCUGGUGCGCUGCUGCUGGCGCACCGCGCUGAUCCGAUGGCAGGAGCCAGGUGCUUCUCCUGGUCUCCCAUGGGGUGCAGGGCCCAAGCACUUGGGCCAUCCUCCACUGCACUCCCGGGUCACAGCAGAGAGCUGGCCUGGAAGAGGGGCAACCGGGACAGAAUCCGGCGCCCCAACUGGGACUAGAACCCAGUGUGCCGGCGCCGCAAGGUGGAGGAUUAGCUUAUUAGCUGUGGCGCUGGCCCCCGCUGGGUCUUUUAAGCAGGAUGGGAUCUAAGGUAGGAGCGGGGUCAUUACUAAACUGCUGGAGGCCGUUCACCCUGAGACGUCUUGCCUACACUCUGGGUGUAUGUGGGCAUUUGCUAAUGAUUAGAUUUGGGGUAAGUCUUUUUAGCCUGAUGACUUUGCAGUUCAGCCCCCAGGCUCAUUUUCAUCACUUGAUUCACCGGAAAGGGGUUCGUGGUCUGUUGUACAGAGGCGUGUUUUCUUGCGAAGGGGUGCACGGUCUGUCUGUCUGUCGUACGGAGGCGUGUUUUCUCCGCGGUCAGGCAGAUCAUCCUCCAUGGUCAGAGACUCUGGAGACCCCUUGAGCAUCCUGUUCCCCCACAGUCAUUUGCCCAGCGAUUUUUAACAUUCAUCAGUGAUCUUUGCCAAAAUCAAUUCACACACUGAGAGUUGCAAAAAUGUUCAUGUCUGACUCGCUCAUGCCUUCCGUGUUUAACUGGCCUCCAAUCCCUAAAAAUAAAUAAGUAAAUAAAAAACUUCGCUUUUUUUUGGAGAUGUUCUACCCCUGGAAAUUGCGUGUGGGAUGUGUGCAUGAGAGAGAGAGAAAGGCGUUAGCUUUGCCGCGGACAGGCUCUGGGACAGGCUCUGGGGCGUUCGUACUGUAUCAUGUUGAAGGAUACUAGCUCCUUUGCAAUUGGAGGCCUGCUGAGCCUGACCUCCCACUGGGUCAUUAAGGAGGGGCGGCCCCUCCUCUCUGGGGAGCACGUGCGUUUCCCUUGUGCCCGGUGGGUGUGAACAUGAGUCCUUCUUUGACCCCAUGUAACGUGGUAAGUGUGACUGCCUCUCCUGUAUUCAUAAAGUAUUCAGCAGGCGCUAAUCAUGUGCCAGGCCCUGUGCCGGGCAUAGGGAGGGGAAUAAGACACACCCCAGCCCUCGAGGAGCUCAGCAGCACAUCAGAGAUGUGGCAAGUGAUACCUUCCAGGGUUGCCAGCCAAGGUGUACAGGCAGGCUCCAGGGUGGGGCACGCUUGGUUCCGAGGGGCUGGGAGCAGGAAAGGAAAGGGGGGGUUCAUUUUUCUUACCACCUCCUUGCCCCAGGUGCCCUGGGGAGCCCAGCGCAGGUUGCAGGGUGACAUUUGCUCCCUGGGGAGCCUCUUCCUGAGCCUUCCCCUGAUCUUGAUAUUCAAGAAGUGAGCGUGGGGCCAGAGCAGGUGCCAUCAGAUAACCUGCACCCACUCAGGUUUCUCCCAGCUGCCAGAGCUCGUGCCACCUGAGAUGUCCGGGCCCUCCCUUCUGGAGGCCUGUGCGGAGGGGCUGACCGGGAGCCAGUCCUGGCUGGGGUGGCGUGAAUCACCUGUGACUCUGCCUGGUCCCACCCACUGUCCGCAGAGGAGUCAGAAUAUCCAGGAGGGGGAGCCCAGGAGUUCUGUGCUCCCUAAGUGGCUCAGGUGGAUUUGGGAACUUUCUUACUGUCACCUCCCAUCUUCCAUCCCCAGAGGCUGGGAUCAGAGCACUGUGGAAUGUGGCUUUGUGGACAUGACAGGGGCGGUGGGGCUCCUCUCUCCACAUCCUGGCUCUUCUGGCUUCAUCCAUCCAAGAGGUCUCAUCUGUACUG